AAUAGUCCACAUGUGUGCUAGUUUGUUAACACGGAAAAGGUUCAAGUAGCGUCUUCCAAAUAUGUCUAAACGGAGUAGGCGAUACGAAUCAAAGAAAAGAAAAGCAAAGGCAUUUCUGGACCUGGUUAAGGCUAAUGAAGAGGAUGGUUUAAAAGGCAACAAGCGCAAGAUGGUACAACAGGAACAAGUCACAUUAGAUUCUUCAUCAUCUGAUUCUGAAAGUCUAACAGAUAGACAAGGGUCAGUCAACCAUUCCAGUGUAGAAGAUGCUGAUCUUUUGCCCAAAGAAAAACAGCGUAGAUCAACUGUCAACAAGCAGAUGCAAGAUGGAGAACCACCUACCAAGAAACUGAAUAUUUCAGAAGAUGAAUAUGCUAGGAUUAGGGCAGAAAUCAGAGCUAGGCAAAAAGAAGCUAUGCAAAGACCAAAAAUCUUCUUAACAUUGGACGAUAUCCAGCCUUAUGUCCCCACACCACAGCACUUUCCCACCAUUCCACCACAGAUUUCAGGAAAGGAAGAACUAGAAAUGCCAUCUUAUCAACCUCAUCUGUUUAUGCUUGACGUGCAGCAUUUGCUUCUGUAUGCCAUUCAGGGAAACACGGCCAGUUAUAAACCAAGGUGGUGUAAGCUGCUUCGGUGGCAGAAGGUCAGCCAUAUAGCUGUGGUCACAGUGCAAGGAUUGUCUUUCGAAGAAUACACACAGCACAAGGACUGCUUUCAACAUUUAGGAUCAUUUGAUGUGGAGGUAGGACUUGUCUCCCCAUACCAGUAUGGCAGUAGUGUUGAGGAAGAUCUCUUCCAGGUGCCACUAAGUAGCUCUUAUAUGAAGAAAUUGGGCAUCAAAGCAGAAAAUGGAGGUGAGAAGUUAAACAAGAAGAAGAAGACAGCCACGUCAGAGGACGGGGAGCAGCAAGGUCAAGACAAGAGACCUUCAGACUGUUGUUGUAGGACCACAUUGAUGUUAAGACCAGAACAACUGAUACAAGAGGACUACCCUCUCCCUGUAGAUGGAGACGGAGAGAGAUGUGCAAAUUAUGUGUUCAGCAAGGAUUCCUAUGGUAAAGUCACAAACUCCAGUCCUCUGUUUGCUGUGGAUUGUGAAAUGUGCUUAACUAAAUCUGCCAAGCGACUGGAGCUGACCAGAGUUUCAGUGGUCAACGAAAAGGCUGAAGUCAUAUAUGACCAACUGGUCAAGCCAAGGCAUAAAAUCAUUAACUAUCUUACAAAGUACAGUGGCAUUACAGAGCAAAUGUUAGCCCCAGUCACCACCACCUUACAGGAUGUACAGAGAGACCUACAGAACCUGUUUCCAUCAGAUGCUAUUCUCUGUGGCCAGUCCUUGAAUGGGGAUCUACACGCCCUGGAGUUAUUCCACCCUUACUGUAUUGACACUAGUGUCAUAUAUAACUUGAGUGGACACAGAAAGAUGAAAACUGGAUUAAAAAGACUGGCAGCUCAGUUCUUGGGGCGAACAAUUCAAGACAGCAGUGCAGGCCAUGACUCUGCAGAAGAUGCCAUUGCUGCCCUUGACCUGGUGCUAUUAAAACUGAAAAACAACAUAUCUUAUGGUGAUGUUAUUAUGGGAGGUGUUAUUUAUCCCAAGUUAGAAGACAAACCUCCUGUUAUUGCUCAGGUAGCUGAAGCUGCUAAACCAGUUCAAAUAAGUGAAAAUUCUGUCAACACACCAUCAGAUUCCCUGGACUCGAUAAACAAUUCACAGUCAAGCGAUGCUCAAGCUAGUACCACAGAAACUAGAAUGGAAGUUAAACCAUUGGUCUCAACUGAUCUUAGUUCUGUUAACCAAUCAGCAGGAUUUUCAAACUUGAAAGCAAAGGAUAGCAAUAUGACUGACAAAAAUAAUAGUGCAACUCUAAAGGAGACUAGCAAUUCUUGUUUACAGUCAACAGACUCCAAAACGCCAAGUGAGGGUAAAUGUGUGACUUCAUUGGGAAUGACUGACAAGAAAAAAGUCUUUUUCAGAGGUACUUCCCAAGCCUAUCAAAGUUUGGUUGGAAUUCUCACAGACUUUUGUAAAACAAGUGUUUGUAUCAGCAGGUCAGAUGACAAACUAGGUAACCACAAGAUGGAAUUCUACCCCUGCUCUAGUGAUAAACGAGCAACCAAAAUUGCAAAGAAGAAAGUGGUAGAUAGUAGUUUUACUUUUGUGGAAUUCAAUGGCUUUGAUCCUUCUGAAAAGGAUACUGGCAAAACAAAGGAAAGUUUGCAAGACAUAGACAGAAGAAUAAGCAAGAUCCAUCAAAAGAUGCCAAACAAUGGGAUGUUUGUUGUUAUAUUGGGUGGAAGAACUAGCGAGUCCUCAGCAUACAGUGCAGGGGCCUUUGUCAGCAUUAAGAAAUCCACCUGUGAUAUCUCAACCUAGGCGUUUUUACAUAUAUUAGUAGGGACAUAGACACCACAGGCAUUGUAUAACACUUCCAUGGUACCAGGAGCCUAUGUGACACUUACUGGGUUACCAAGGACCUUACAUAGCCCUUUUAUUACCAACUGUUAGAGAUUUUACUUUAAAACUUAUGGACCCAAAUGCCUUUUUUCCUUAAACAGACUCCUAACUGAACUCUUAAAGUGAAUGCUAUUUUCUUCGUUGUUCAUUCAAAUUUGUAUUCAUUUAAGAAGUAAAUGUAAGUUGUGAUCUGAAAUUUUAAGUAGAUGUCAGUUAAACAUUUUAUUGGUCAAAAAAAUUGAGAAUAUGAAAUCAAGUCUCAGAACUGGAUUCUAAAUAAAGAAUGACUAGCAAUUCA